AUGGCCUUCUGUCGCCGCGUUCUGCGGCGCCCGAUCGAUCGGAGGUUUACUGUUGCGCGAGCUAGCUGCGGACGCAACGCAAGCAUGCAUGGCCUCGCCUAUAAGUGGAUGGAACGGCACCGGUCCGGUCAGAUUGAGCUAGCUCGUCGUCCCGGGUGAGCACCCGCUCUCGAUCGACGUGUAGCUAGGAAACCAGAGCAGAGCUGACUGGCCUAUACAUACGUAGGCUACGAGGGGGUCGGAUAACCGGAGAUGGCGAUCGAUGAGCGGAGCGUGCACGGCGGCGCCGCACUGGUCCUGCGGCUGCUGGUCUGCGUCGUCGCGGCGCGGGCUGUCUCGGCCGUCGCCGAUGGUCCUCUGCUGAACGGCAACUUCGAGGACCCGCCGAACCAGUCCCAGAUGAGCGGGUCGGUGGUGACCGGGGAGCACGCGGUCUCCUACUGGAAGACGUCCGGCCACAUCGAGUUCAUAUGCUCCGGCCAGAAGCAGGGGGACAUGGUCCUGACGGUGCCGGACGGCUCGCACGCGCUGCGGCUGGGCAGCGGCGCCUCCAUCCAGCAGCAGAUCAGCCUCACGAAGGGCCUGUACUACUCCCUCACGUUCAGCGCGUCGCGCACCUGCUCCCAGAACGAGAUGCUCAACGUGACGGCCGCCCCCGUGUCCGGCUCCCCCGCCCAGACCGGCGAGCUCCCCACCCAGACGGUGUACACCAGCAGCGGCUGGGACUCCUACUCCUGGGCCUUCAGGGCGGAGGCCGGUCUCAUGUCCAUCACAGUCACCCACAACUGCGGAGAAGAGGAAGAUCCCGCGUGCGGCCCCAUCGUCGACGCCUUUGCCAUCAAGACGCUCAGCCAGCCUGAGGCCAGCCAGAAUAACAUGCUGAGGAACGGGGACUUCGAGGAGGGCCCGUACAUCCCGCCGGACUCGCAGUGGGGAGUGCUGGUGCCGCCGGUGGACGAGGACGACGUCUCCCCGCUGCCCGGGUGGAAUAUCAUGGCGUACAAGAAGUCGGUCAAGUACAUAGACUCGGCGCACUUCGCGGUGCCGCGCGGCGCGCGCGCCGUGGAGCUGGUGUCCGGCGUGGAGACCGCGCUCCUGCAGGAGGUGUACACCACCGUGGAAGGGAGCUGGUACAGGCUGGAGUUCUCGGCCGGGGACGCCGACGGGUGCGCGUCGUCGUAUGAUGACGGCUCCUCGUCCGGGAUGAAGGUGAAGGCGUACGCGGGGACGGCCGAAACGACCGUGGACGUCGAUUUCCGCGACGCCGGCGGUUCCAAGCGCGGGAAGAUCGAGUUCAGGGCCACCGCCAGCCCCACCAGGGUGGUGUUCGUCAGCUUGGGCUACCACACCAAGUCCGACAACAGCGGCACGCUCUGCGGUCCCGUCGUAGACGACGUCUCGCUUGUCCCCAUACCGCAGCCGUAUGCUCGCCGCCUGCUUCUAUAAGGCCUAACUCAUGCUGCGUCUUUUUCUUUUUCUUUUUCUUUUUUGUAGAAGUACCCAUGCAGCUUGGCCGCUUGGGUAAUGGAGAGUGUGACUGUGCUGGUUUACUGGCCCAUUUUGGCUUACCUUAAUUUUGCACUACUACAUUUAUUCGUUUUUCUAGCUCA